AUGGCCGAGUGCUUUGGCGCCAACAUGGACCCGGACGUGGUCCGCUUUGCGAAAGCGCAGUGGGGUCUCUCGCCACUGAGCUCGGCGUCGGCGCUCGCGACGGCCUUUGGCACCUACGCGUCCGUGCCUCAGUGCGUCGGACCGUACGCGACGCUGCCAGGCAUUGGCACGACCCGCCAAGUGUACGCAUGCAACGCCACGUGCCAAAUGGCCACCUUGUGCGACGACGGCGACUACAUGAGCCUCCUCAUGUCGCAAGCAGGCGCGCUUAUUGACUUCUCCGUCAACGCCACGUGCAUUGCGCACGGCGGCCGGCUCCAGUGCGCCUCGUACGGCGCUACGGCGUCCACCUGCGCCCGGUAUGCGUGCACGUUCGACGCGAUCACCGGUGCGUGCAAGGACCAGACCGCGUGCAUGACGACGUGCAUGCUGCCCAUGACCGCGGGUGGCUGCGCGCUCGCCAAUGGCACGUGGUACAUGGACCAGUACAACCGCAACCAAUGCUGCCCGCCAGACGCGUACUUCAACGCGACCAACAAAGCCUUUCCGUGCUCGUAUGCGCCGCCCACCGCGCCGGCGCUCGCCUACACGAUCACCGACCCGACGUGCUGUGCGGCGCAGAACGGCACGUGGUUUGUGAGCGGCGGCUACGGCGCGUGCUGCUUUGGGAAGCUCAAGUCCAUUCAAAACGGCAACGCGGUGCAGCUCGCGUGCAUGACGACAGUCAGUAGCUGGGACGUAGCCUCGUGUCUGAGCAGCUGCAGUCGACACAGCGCGGGGUGCACGUCGUGCAAGGCGGCGCAACAGUCGGCCGGCUGCUGCAACACGACAACCGUGGUCGCCAACGAGACGGCGUGCCUCGCACCGACCAUCUGCACCAACCAGCUCGUGGCGGCCGCCAACUGCGCCGACCCGACGCCGUUCUGUGCCAAGUGCGCGGGUAAUGUGUGCUCGAGCGUGACGCAGUGGCCCAGCUGCACCCUCGCGGUCGGCUCGUCGAAUGCGUGCGCCUCGGCGGGCGGCAACUGGGAUGCCACGGCCAAGGUCUGCAACGCAAUUGUCAACUCGACCAUGGUCGGCACCGACUGCCUCCGGUCCGACGUGUGUCCCAGCGCCACCGACGUUGGCGCGUUCUACGCACCGUUUGGUGUCGUGCCACAGUACCCCCGCCGCGCAGUCACGUGCCAACGCGGGUGCUAUUUGCCGUCGGUGACGACACCGGCGACGUGCACGGCGACUGCCAACUACAAGUGGCUGCAAGACCACGCCAACGGCCACGGCAUCUGCAUGACGGUCACGACCGCAGCCAACUGCAACACCCUUGGCGGCACGUUCUUGAGCGCGUCACGAACGUUCUUUCCCGGGGCGUUUACGACGAGCGCCAUGUGCGCCGAAGGCAACUGCGUCGGGAGUCCGCGCGUCGACGGCUGGAGCGCAGCGCAGUGCACGUCGUCGUCGUCAUGGGCGUCGUGCACAAUGGCGUGUUCGACGUGCGCCGUCCCGACGUCGAGUCCGUUGGCCGCCCAAGGCAGCGCUGCCUGCUUUAGCACCGACGCCAGCUACUGCACGAGCCUCGGCUACAGCUCGACUCCGUGUAUGGACAUGAGCGCCAACUCGACGACGGCGUGCGCGGCGCUGACGAGCGCGACGUGGCGCACCUGCAGCAGCUACGCGUCGGCCACUACGUGUGUGAAUACGACCGACGUAUAUGCGACCAUGCUCGGGUGCCGGUGGACGUCCGGACCGUGCACCGACGCCGUCUCGUGCGCAUCGCAAGGGUCGUGCAACGACGGACCCGACGGUCGGCGCAAGGUCUGCUUGGACGCGGGCUGGACGUACGGAGAUACGUGCAAGGCCAAGAUCACGACCGGGCUCAAUCAGGUUUCGGUCGCAACCUGCAGCCAGUGCCAGACGACAGUCGGUGUCUGCGUCGCACCGGCGUCCGGGUCGGGCUGUGCGACGCCAGAGAAGGUACACCCGCGCGGGUGCCGCGUCGACGGUAUUGCUACGGCUGCUGCGUGUGCGACGGCGGGCGGUAGCUGGGUGACGCCGGCGACGACGCAGUCGGCGUGUGUGAGCACCCUCGGGUGUCUCGAGCCUGGCGCGACGACGCUAAGCAUGAAGAACGCCACGCAGUGCACGAAAUGCGGCGGCAGUCUCAAGCCGUGGUAUACGUGGACGUCCGGGGUGUGGGCACCGGCGUACGUCGAGGCGUACACAUGGCAGGCCGGCGGCACGACGCUCGUCUCGGCCAACGCGUACAAGCCGACGCUGUCGCUGCAGCUGCUCGGCCAAGUGCUUCAAGGCCCGAUCGCCAAGCGCGUCGCGCGGCUUCAGAAGACCAAGGCCCUUCUCCAGUACAAUGGCAUGACGGACGUCCUGAGCAAGCUCGCGUGUGCGUGCGGUCGGUCGGCCAACAGCGCGUGCUUCUCGACGCCGGCCUCGGCCAAUGCAACGCUGACGAGCCAGAGCCAAAUCUUUUGCGGCAACAGCUCAACGUCGAUCCCGACCGGCACGACGUCGGCCCUCGUGACGCUCACGUGUCCGAGCUCGCUCUCGGCCCGGCGCCGUCUUGACGCGGCGUCCGACGGCUCGGCGCAGCUCAGCGUCUCGACCUACUCGAUCGCGAGCUACACGCUGGCGCUGGCGCCGUACUGCACGUCGCAAGCACUCAACCCGCUCGUGCUCAAGACGCCUGGCGGUCUCGUCUACGGCCAGCUCCUCGGACCGGGCCAGGGCCAUCGACCCGACGGUGCGGCAGUGGCCGGCCUUUGA